AUGAGAGAUGACCAGCGGUCUCACACACACGCAGAUUACACUGUUGGGUGGAUAUGUGCGCUGCCAAAAACCGAGCUAGUGGCAGCUACCGCUAUGCUAGAUGAGGAACACCCCGUUCUCUUAGCGGGCGGCCCGCAUGACACGAACUCGUAUCACUGUGGCCGGAUUGGUAACCACAACAUAGUGAUCUCAUGUCUUCCUUCAGAGCAAACGGGUAAAGUUUCCGCCGCCAAUGUCGCCAAGGACAUGAUUCGAAGUUUCCCUGCCAUACGGUUUGGAUUGAUGGUUGGCAUUGGGGGUGGCGCACCGUACUAUGGACUACAAGAACAAAACAGUGGUUUCACGACGGAUUUUAAAGAAUUCAACGAAAAUAUCGAUGACGAUGAAGAAGAAGGCAUACAAGAUAUCAGAUUAGGUGAUGUGGUUGUCAGUCUGCAUUCGAAGUCGUCUGAAGCUGUCGUGCAAUAUGAUUUCGGGAAGUCGGUCCAUGAAAAUGGAUUCAUUCGUGCCGGAGGACAGCUUCAGAAACCUCCAAAUAUUGUUCUCGGUGCGAUUAGUCAGUUACAAGGUCAACAUGAGCGAAAAGGUCGCAGCAGAAUUCCCGAACUACUUUCCGAAAUGCACUGUGGCAAUCCAGGAAUGGGUAAAUUCAGAUACCCAGGCGCUGAGAAUGACCAGUUAUUUAAAGCAUCAGUAGCCCAUCACGAGGGAAAGAAAUGUGAAGGUUGCAAAGGCCCACAUGAUAUCAAUCUUGUGAGGAGGAAAAAGCGGGCCAGCGAUGAUCCCCAAAUCCACUAUGGUACAAUCGGAUCGGCAGAUCAGGUUAUGAAGGAUGCUAUGUUGAGGGACAAGUGGUCCCAGCAGGAGAGGAUAAUUUGCUUUGAAAUGGAAGCCGCAGGCCUAAUGGAUUCAUUUCCAUGCCUGGUUGUUCGGGGGAUUUGCGACUAUGCGGAUUCGCAUAAGAAUAAAUUUUGGCAGCCCUAUGCCGCAGCUGUUGCUGCUGCUUAUGCAAAGGAGCUCCUCCUUGCUAUACCGGCACAAUGUGUAAUUGAAUUGCCUUCCCUAGAAAAAUUUUCGGAUCACGUUAUAGGCCAAUUGGAGACAUGGCGACGAUCAGACGAGGAGGAACGGUGUAUUCAAGCAUUUCGUACUUCGGACUACGAACAUUCAAAGAACUUAAAUGCAGACAGGGAAAAGAAAACCUGCAACUGGUGUCUUGGAAACAGGACAUUUCAGAAUUGGCAAAGUGACAGCGGCUCCUGCUUAUUAUGGCUCACUGCAAAUCCUGGCUGCGGAAAAUCAGUUCUAGCUAAAGCCCUUGUCGACGAGCAGCUCCUUGGCCUUGAGCCAAGUGACACAACUAUUUGCUAUUUCUUCUUCAAGGACACAUCCUACGCAGCGCGCAGUCCUGUAAGUGCCAUGGCCGCACUUUUACACCAAUUGCUCGUGUCCAGAGCUGGGAGAAUGGCCAUGAAACACGUGUUAAGAUUGUUUCGUGAGAAUGGUCAAAAGUCACCAGAGAACAUGGAUGUCAUGUGGAAUAUUAUGAAGAGCAUUGCCCUUGAUACUCAACGUGGGCGCAUCGUUUUGAUCCUGGAUGCGUUGGACGAGUGCGAAGAGGCAGAGCGGAAGAAUUUCAUUAAAAGGCUCACGGCUCUCGAGCGAGAUUUACAGACCGGUGACUUGACCUGCAAUUUCAAAAUUCUGAUCACGAGCCGCCCUUAUUGGAGUAUCGAGACUGAGUUUAGAGACCUGAUUCAAAGUAUUCCAGGUAUCCGGCUCAAAGGCGAGAGCCACUCGAAGGAACUUCACAAAGAAAUGAACCAUGUUAUGCGAACGCAAAUUUCCAAGCUAGGUCCCCAAUUUGCGAGUGAGGCCGCAAGAGAAGAACUCGAGCGCGGAAUUUUGGCUACUGAAAAUCGAACAUAUCUCUGGCUGCAUCUCACUUUCAAAAGGCUUGCUGAAUUACCUCGAAUUGAUAAAGAAACGGUCAGGGCGGAACUGCGACGCCUUCCCAAAACAAUUGACGACAUUUACGAGUCAAUUCUGCUCAAAUCCACAGACAAAUUGCAAACAAAAAAAUUACUUCAGAUUAUCCUCGCAGCCGUUAGGCCACUUCGUGUUGAGGAAAUCGGAGUCGCACUUUUUAUCACUAAAGCGACAAAGACCUACCGAGACUUGGAGGUCCAGAGCGGAGACCAACUAGAACUAAGCAUUCGGAAUGCCGGUGGCCUGUUCGUUCAUAUAGUGGAUGGGGUCGUCUUAUUAAUUCACCAAUCUGCAAAGGACUUUCUAUUAAUGCAAAACCGCGAAAACGCCCCUGCCAAUGACACUUGGAAGAGCUCGCUUUCCAUGCCCGAAUCGAACUCAAUUCUGGCCUCCGUUUGUGUACGCUACCUUCAGCUAGAGGAGUUUCAACAAAGAAGCUUCUUCCAAAAGCAUGAUGCAUCUCGUUUAAUCGUUGACUAUUUAUUUCUUGAGUAUGCGGCAUGUAACUGGACGAUACAUUUUCAAGAAUCUAGCACUGAAGACUCUGAUGAAUUGUUCCCUUCGGCAUCUUCACUUUUCGCCGUUGACAGGACCGGAUAUAUGGGCUGGGUGUCAAUUGCUCUCAGCCCACGUUGUUUUCCCGUUUGCAGUAGACUACAAAUCGCUUCUUUUUUAGGCGUCGAAUCCAUUUUGCGAAGAGAACUGAGUGACUCGAUGGUUGAUAUCAAUUAUGGCGGUAUAAGCGAGGCAUCACCUUUGCAUUUUGCUGUGCUUGGUUUGAAGCUCAGAAUUGUGCAACUUCUUCUUUCAUAUCGUGAUGUUGACGUCAACAAAGCCGACGUGCAUAGCUUGACCCCGUUGCGCUUAGCUGUGAUGGGCGGAAAUCCGGAUAUUGUUGAGUCGCUUCUUUGCGCUCCGGGUAUAGAUGUGAACAAGCCAGAUGCACACAAGUUGACCCCCUUGCGAUUUGCUAUAUUAGGAGGUCACUUGGAGAUUACCAGGAUGCUUCUUGGAGCUCCUGGUAUUGAUGUGAAUCACGUCGAUGGCCUUGGCCAUACCCCUCUACGAUCUGCUAUAAUUGGGAACAAUUUGGAAAUUAUCAGAACGCUUCUUUGGAUUCCUGGUAUGGAUCCCAAUAAAGUUGAUGGUUUCGGCUAUACUCCUUUGGGGUCCGCGAUAGCGGGAGUGAAGCUGGCAGUCAUCGAGGUGCUCCUUGGGGCUCCCAGUAUUGAUGUCAAUCAGGUUGAUGCUCAUGGCCUCGCUCCGCUAGUGCCCGUUGCAUCACCGGUGCAACCAGCAUCAUCAAUGCUACCUCGAGAAUUUCGUAGGAUCCGCACAGGUGAAUCAAUGGAAUUCGACACUCCUGCCUUGCGGAAUUUGGUAUCCGAGUCUUCUGUAGAAUGGCCGAAGAUAUUGGCAUUACUUCUUAAGGCUCCUGGUAUUGAUGUCAACAUAGCUGAUGACAAGGGCUUGACCCCUUUACAUAGAGCUGUGAGAGCCGAGUCAAAGGAGGUUGUAAGUAUGCUACUUGCUGCACCGAAUAUUGACGUCAAUGCUGUCGAUAAGCUGGGAAGAACAGCACUUUCUUUAGCACUUCGGGCAAGAGACCGGGAGAUAUUGGACCUCAUUCUCUCAUGCCCAGGCGUUAAUACAAGUGGUCGUCCUAAGAGAGACCAUAUCGAGAUUUCUACUUCGGUACUGAUGUAG